CGGGGCCGGUUCGCAGGGCAGACGGAAGUAGUGCAGGCAAAGUGGCCCCGCAGUCAGGCACAGCGAGGUGCUGCAGCAGAGCUGGGUCGUGGCUCACGCGACUUGGGCCAAGAUGCCGCGCUUCGCCUUGACCAUUAUCCGCCAUGGUGAAACAAGACUUAAUAAGGAGAAAAUCAUUCAAGGACAAGGCGUAGACGCGCCCCUUUCAGAGACUGGGUUUCGGCAAGCAGCGGCCGCCGGGCAGUUUCUGAGCAAUGUGCAGUUUACCCACGCCUUCUCCAGCGAUCUCACGAGGACUAAGCAGACCAUACAUGGCAUUUUGGAAAAAAGCAGAUUUUGUAAAGACAUGGCGGUAAAGUACGACUCCAGGCUCCGAGAAAGGAUGUACGGAGUCGCAGAAGGCAAGCCGCUAAGCGAGCUUCGGGCCAUGGCCAAAGCGGCUGGGGAAGAGUGUCCCAUGUUCACCCCGCCUGGAGGAGAGACAGUUGAGCAGGUAAAGAUGCGUGGAAAGGAUUUCUUUGAUUUCAUUUGUCAGCUAAUCCUGGGCAAGGCAGGGCAGAGAGAAAGCAUCCUGCCUGGAGCGCCAGGCAGCGGUUUGGAAAGCUCUUUGGCAGAGGUUUUCCCUGUUGGAAAACAUGGCAGCUUGGGGGCGAAUCCCAAAGGUGGCACCCUGGGCUUAGCAGCCAGCAUCUUAGUUGUGAGCCAUGGCGCUUACAUGAGAAGCCUCUUUGGUUAUUUUCUGAGUGACCUCAGAUGCUCGUUGCCAGGAGCAAGAGACAAAUUCGAACUUUCCUCCAUCACUCCCAACACUGGGAUCAGUGUCUUCAUCAUAGACUGUGAGGAAGCACGCCAGCCAUCGAUUCAGUGCGUUUGUAUGAACCUCCAGGAGCACCUGAACGGAGUGACUGAAAAGCAGCACUGAGUGUGGAGCCCGUGAAGUGGAGCCUCUGAAGGGAGGGCCUUGGCCUCUUGUGUUUGCACCCUCUGCUGCUGCCGUUUUAGAAGCAGUGGAGAAUUCAUGUGUGGAAGCCCCACUGGGGUUCUGGCUGUGUCAGGCGUUAGUGGGGAAUCCACUCACAGCCAGCCUGGCUUUUCCGAGACAUCAUUUUCUACACUGAUUUUUGUCACUCUGUCCCAUUAUGUCUCUGAACUGUUAACUUAUGUGAACAUUGAGGAUUGCACAUCCGGGGAUGAACAGCCUUCUUUCCACACACGUCCUUUUCCUUGGCCCUUUUGAUGUCUAGAUGGUGUUGGCUUUUGAAGAUAAUUGUAUGAUUUCACACUUGC